AUGCCAGGGGAUGAAAGGUCAGAGGAUCGGUUACCUGGCGAAAGCCAGAAAGUGUAUGAAGCACAAUCUCUUCUGUCUCAAUCAGAUGAGGAGCACGAUCUAGUCGACACCGGACAUCUCCCGUCUUCGAUACCAGACGACGCGAACCGGACACCGCAUUCCUCAAUUUCGCAACCAGUCCUAGAUGGACAGCGCCGUACGCCUCGUACUAUGAAUCGUGUUCGGUUCGAUUUGGAGGAAGAACUCGAAGAUGCCGAUCACCAUCCGAACGGUCGUGUUCACAGUCCAGAUGAUGCUCUAUGGCUGGACGAUGAGGACUAUGAGCUGGGGAAUCGGGGCAGUCAAGGAACACACCAUGAUGGACAAUCAGUACCUCUUCUCACAAACAUUGAAGCUCCUAGCGUCACACUUGCGACGUCGGAUGACUUCUUCCCCGAAGAUCAUUUAGAGGACGCGCGGCCGAGAAGUGGUAUGAAGAUGGCGUUUAUGAACAUGGCCAACAGCAUUAUUGGAGCUGGAAUUAUUGGGCAGCCAUAUGCGCUUCGUCAAGCAGGUCUGACGAUGGGUAUAUUGCUGUUGACUGCCUUGACUAUAACUGUGGACUGGACCAUCCGCCUCAUUGUGAUCAACUCCAAAUUGAGCGGCGCGGACUCAUUCCAAGCUACCAUGCAGUACUGCUUCGGGAAAAGCGGACUCAUUGCGAUUUCUGUUGCCCAGUGGGCAUUCGCAUUUGGCGGCAUGGUGGCAUUCUGCAUUAUCGUUGGAGAUACCAUUCCGCACGUGCUAGGAGCGUUAUUCCCAUCUUUACGAGAGAUGUCAUUCCUCUGGCUUCUUACAGACCGCCGUGCUGUUAUUGUUCUUUUUGUUCUGGGUGUUUCAUAUCCGUUGUCGCUGUAUAGAGACAUUGCCAAGUUGGCCAAAGCUUCUGCCUUGGCAUUGGUCAGUAUGAUAGUCAUUGUGGUGACAGUAAUCACCCAAGGCUUCCGAGUUCCAUCUGAAUCCCGUGGAGAUAUCAAAAGCCACCUCAUCAUCAACUCUGGUUUCUUCCAGGCCGUCGGAGUUAUUUCCUUUGCGUUUGUUUGCCACCACAACAGCCUCCUUAUUUAUGGAUCUCUGAAGAGACCUACUCUUGACCGGUUCACUCGGGUCACACAUUACUCGACUGGAGUGUCCUUGGCCAUGUGCCUAGCAAUGGGCAUAGCCGGGUUUCUUUCUUUCGGAUCGAAGACUCAAGGCAAUGUCUUGAACAACUUCCCGUCUGACAACAUCAUUGUUAACAUUGCGCGAUUUUGCUUUGGUCUGAACAUGCUUACUACUCUGCCAUUAGAGGCAUUUGUUUGCCGUUCCGUCAUGACAACCUACUACUUCCCGGACGAGCCGUUCAACCCUCAUCGACAUCUCAUCUUUACGACAUCCUUAGUCGUGGCUUCAUUGGUGCUGUCUCUGAUAACCUGUGAUCUCGGAAGUGUCUUUGAGCUCAUUGGAGCCACCAGUGCUGCUGCUCUGGCAUACAUAUUCCCUCCGCUGUGCUAUAUCAAGCUUAGCAGUGCGUCUCGACGAGAAAAGAUCCCGGCAUAUGUGUGUGUGGGGUUUGGCAUUGUUGUUAUGGGUGUGAGCGUGGUACAAGCCGUCGUGAAAAUCAUGAGAAAGGAUGGGGAUCCUCAUAGCUGCAGUGCACCAUAG